GUUCACAAUCAUAUGGCGAGAUGGGUGGUGAAGUUAUAAAAUUAUUAUCAUUUAUUUUAUAGUAUACGAUUAAGUUCUAAGUGCAUUUAGCGAAAGUUCAUAAUGAGACAGUAGUAUAAAAUAUAGUUCAAUUCUGUGAUACUUUAAUUAUAAGAAGCCUUCAUUGACGCUUUCACUCGCUUUUCCUAAAUCGGUGUCAAUAAAAAGUACUUUUAAGAAAGUCCGCGAUAUAAAUUCAAAAAUGGAAAGAAUACAACAUUUUGAAUCGGAGGCGAGCACUUCGAAUUCUAAAUCAGAAGAAAACCAAAACGGUAUAAAUCCCAAAAUUUCUAUUGAAAAAUUUGAAGAAGUUAAUCGUAAAGAACCUUUUUGGGUUUUCGGAUAUGGAUCUCUUUGCUGGAAUCCUGGUUUUGAAUAUCAGCAGUCGAUAACUGGCUAUGUAAAGGGAUUUUCUCGAAGAUUUUGGCAAGGAAAUACAACACAUCGAGGGACUGAUACCCACCCUGGUCGUGUCGCUACUCUAAUCGAAGACAAAGAGGGAAUCACAUGGGGAAAAGCGUUCCUAGUUGCGGCGAAUAACAGUGCUGCGUUACCUUACCUCACAACUAGAGAAUGCCAGCUUGGAGGCUACCGAACCUACACCGUAAAUUUCCAUCCUCGUCCCUCCCAAUUCCUUCCAGCGAAUAGCUCUAGCAAAAAAGAUGCUCUCCUGUACAUAGCAGUUCCUGAAAACCGGCAUUGGCUCGGUGCAGCACCGCUUCCAGAAAUCGCUAAACAAAUUUUGGAAUGCCAUGGAUCCGCCGGUUCCAACGUAGAAUACCUUCUGAGAUUAGCAGACUUCAUGCGGGAAGAAGUGCCUGAAGCUCUGGAUGAGCAUUUGUUUUCGUUAGAACGGUUAGUUAGGAAAUUCGCAGCUGAUAUGAAGAUUGGUUUACAGUCUCUAAUGGGAGAGGCGAGGGAGCGGCAAGAGGAGAAAUCGGAGACGAAAGCAGUUGUUCCUAGCUCGCACUAUGCGUCACGUAUUCCGGACAAGAAAUUGCGUUGCGUCAAUAUGUGAUUUAUUCUUUAUUUCAGCUUGAAUUAUGAAAUGACUGGCAUUUAUGGCCUACCCACUGAUAAUGAAAUAAAAACAUAUUGUUUCGUUUCAUUUGAACUGUAUUUUUAAUUUGUUAAAGAUAGUAUUUGUAAAAACAGAUUUACAAUUGUUUAUAUGAAACCAAAUAGUGCCCUAAGGUUGCCAAUUUGCUUUCUUCUAUAGUAAACAUUUUAGUAAAAUAUAUGUGUAGCCGUAAGGAAACAAGCUUUAAGCCGGAAUAAGAUGUUUCUAGUAUUUAAGCUUCUGUUUUGUUUCACAUGUGAUAGUUUAUGCGAGUUCAUUAUUGUUUAAAUUAUUCGUAACAACAUUAUCUCGAACAAUAGUCAUAAUGUAUAACAAUAUCUGACGUUACGUGUGACUAAAAUACUUUAUUUUCUAUGGACAUUAGAGAUGUAAUAAUAUUUUAAUUUAACCAUUGCAAAAUAAUAAAAAAGCCCAACAAAGUACCAAACCUCAGCAAUCGAAUUGCUUCUAUUUUUCGGCUUAAUAGGCCUGGGAUGGUAUAGGAUGGGAUCCUGUCGGAUUCUGCAUUCUAAUGGUUAUGAUUAUUAUGAUGCCAAUACCAGUGAUUAUUUUCAUGACAGAUACCAAUAAUUUUAAAAUAUUUCGUGCAUUGUAUAAUUGAUAUCGACUUAGUUAAAAUGUUCUAAUAAUUAUAUUGAUUGAUGACAGCUAAUUUUGUUUUAAUAAUAAAAAUGAUAUACCAAAAAAAAAAGAAAAGUAUUAUGUAUGUUCGAAUAUAUGUUAGGUUAAGUUGAAGAUUUUAGUGUCAAAAUAUAUAUUAUUUAAAAUUUGUUUGUAUGUUUUACUUUUGUUUUAAUAGGAAAUUUAUUAAUUUGUUUGGUAUUUUUUAAAUAUUAGUGAAUCGACGCUUCUGAAAAUUAUACGUUGUGUUAUUUGAAACCGAUGAAUGUAUGUCAAUGAACUGUAAAUUGAAUUAUAAAGAAAACGUUAUUUAUAUUUAAGGUAUUAUUGUAAAUUGACACCGUUUCCUCGAAGGGGAUUCAAAUAUUGUGAGGCUAGCCUGAUUUGUAUGACUUUAAUCUUUUGUAACUAAUAUAAGACAACUUGCAUGAGGCGUACAUAAUAAAUGAAAUUGAAUUC